UAAAGCAGGCAUUCCAAGACGGUAAAAUUCAUUCGAUUGGUCUCGUAGUUUAACUUCAGAUAAUACUUUAUAGACUAACCACAAUGUUCUUAAAGUUCUCUCUUUCGUUUCUGUUUUUUAUCCUAGCGGUUAGCUGUAUGCAUACAGGCCAACCUGAAGGGAAAAAUGAACCUGAAGCAUCGGGUUCAGCUGUACCUGAAGAGAAAAUUAAUGUCACACCGGAGGAUUUAGCGCUUGAAAAUUUACAAAUAAAUGGGGAAUCUGAUGAUGAGCUAAUAAAAGAAGCGUUCGAGAGCAUUAGAAUUGAAGUGAAAAAAGAAUUCAACGAUAAUUUUACAAGUGGAAAUAUUGGACAUUAUGAUUAUUACUUCUACAUGGGUGAAAACUAUAUAGAGUGGGAUUUUAUAUAUUCAUACUUAGAGAACCAUAAACAAGGCCGUAGCGAAUAUUAUUGGAUAGAUUUUCUGACAUUUCGUGAUCUUUUUAAAAUACAUUGUGAAAAAUCAGGAGUGCCUGUUGCAAAAAUUGCUGAACAAAGAAAAGUCGCAAUUGUUAAACAUGAAAGAAAUCCUGCGUUCAAAAAAGAAUUCGCUACUUUCCUCCGUACUAAAGCUUAUUCUUAGGUUCGUUAAGGUGGAGAUUUCUGAAAAAUUUCAUUCUGAAAAAUAAAUUAAUAUGUCUAAUAAUGUUAUAAUUUUUUUUUUAAACCUCUUAAAUUGUUAUUAAAGAACAUUUCAAAAUAUUAUAUGUCAUAACGACUUUAAU